CUGAUUCAAAAGAGGAUGGGGGACAACCAAACAAUCAAGGCCAUCACCGAGGAACCAGCAGCACUAGCAGCUCGAUAACAGCAUUUGUCUUUGACCAUGUCCGGUUUCAAGCGCGAUUGGAGCGGAAAUGCAAAGCGACGGGAUGGGCCAAAGCAGGCCCCGAAGCAGGUGGUGAGAAAUGCGUACACUUCAAUGUUUGAACGUUUGCGCGAUGAGCUCGAUGAACACCACGACCGCCGGGAGCGCAUUGUGAAGGCAUCGCGGGACAUCACAGCGCUCAGCAAGAAAAUCAUCUUCUCAUUACAACGCGUCCGGAAGAUCGAGAGUAACCUUCCGGCUAACAUCCAGUCUGAGGUUGACUCGCGUCUGGCAGAGAUCUCAAAGCUGCUCGCCUCCAUCGCACCUGAGAUCCAGGGCAUCAACCGUUACCGGUAUUCGCGCUCACUGAUGUGCCUCGAAGAGCUGGUAGAAGCUCUUACUUUCGCACACUACCUAAAAACACGAACCCUCAUCAGCCACGCAGAGCUCGACCCCAUAAUUCAAGACCUCACCCGGAAGGGCGCAGCCCCGGAGGACGAAGUCAUGGCCGAUGCCGGCGACACAACAGGAACAGCCACCGAAAAGUCAGCAGCUUCGACAGCCGAGCCGCCCACAUUCUCCCUGACCCAGGAUGACUACUUGUAUGGGGUCUUCGACCUCACAGGAGAGAUGAUGCGCUUCGCCACCACGUCCACCGCGCUGACGGGCACCAUGGCUGGGGGAAAGAGCGACGCGGCCGACGGCGACGACGAGCCACGCACCAUUGUUCAGGACAUGCAUGAGCUCGGGACCUUUUUCGAAAUGCUGCCCGUGGCUCCUGGAAACAGAUUUCAAUGGGAGAAGAAGCUUGAAGUCACGCGGCAGUCAGUGCAAAAGGUGGAGAAGUUGGGUUAUGAUCGAAUAAUCCGGGGGAGCGAACGACCCAAGGGUUGGAUCCCGGACCUGAGCGCGGGGGAUCAGGGACAGGAUGACGAUGUCGAACGACUGUGAGGUGGUUUGCCCAAUUUCGACGCUGAAGAGCUGCGCACUGCAGUUGCUGGCAGGUCCUGCUACGGCAGACAAGCCCCCUUCUCAUAUUGUACGCUUGGCUUAUUCAGUGUUGCCAGUUCGCUGUGGAAGGGCAGGAGGAGACCUCUUGAACAUUUAAGGCUCAGUGCUGCCGCUCGCAAGUCAAACAAACCCCCCCCCCCCCGGGGGAAACAUUAAGGACCAUGUCAUAUGUAUGUGUUGCUCUCCAGGAGAAGGAAGCAGAAAACAACACGGCCAAUAAAAAUCCUCUCGGAUGCGAAUGACUUGCAAGUUGAACCUCUUGACCACAUGUGAGCCUACCCCCGAGACUGCAAGGAACAUAUAUGUGUACGGAUUAUCAUUGAU